AUGGUUGAUUAUGAAGUUAUUGUGCUCACUGGCAGUCUGGGCUUUGCCACCACUUUUGACAAUAUCUACAUUAAGCUGGUUGGCCUUAAUGGAUCGAGCAAACGCAAAUGCCUGUGGAGCUCCAUGCCAUCUUUCUACAGUGGUGCACUCUCAGAGCCUCUUAAGAAAAAAAACAGUCUUCUAGCCAAGUACAGUCGGCAGGAAGAGCUGGAGAAGCAACAGCAAGUCUAUUGCUGGGAAAAAGAGGGAAUUGCACACUGCAUGAAGGCAGACAAUGCCCAGUCACUGCCCUAUGAUAUCCGCUUCUCUUUAACUAAGACUGCAGAAAUGACCUACAUUUCAGCCAAAGGACUGGGAAGGCUGGGACUGAUGGGAAUGCUUCAGUCUAACAAGUUUAAUUGUAUAGAGGAUAUUAAACAACUAUUAAAUGUCCACAAAACUCAGGUUUCAGAAUACGUCUCUAAACACUGGAAGGAAGAUGCAUUCUUUGGCUAUCAGUUUCUAAAUGGUACCAAUCCCAUUUUGAUCCAACGCUGUACACAACUGCCCAAUAACUUAUCUGUCACGGAUGAAACGGUUUUCCCUGAUGGUCAGCAUAAUUUGGCAGAAGAAAUGGAGAAGGGUAACAUCUUCCUGUGUGACUACAAGAUUUUGGAUGAAGUGGAGUCAAACACCAUCAAUGGGAACAAACAGUUCUUGAUGGCCCCGCUUGUCCUACUUUGGAAAAACAAUGCUGAUCAGUUAAUGCCAGUUGCUAUUCAGCUGAAGCAGAAACCAACAAAGGACAACCCAAUUUUUUAUCCUAGUGAUUCUGAGUACGACUGGUUGUUGGCCAAGACGUUUGUGAGAAGUGCAAACUUCAACCUUUAUGAACUAAAUGCUCAUCUGCUGCGCACUCAUCUGCUGGCUGAGGUUUUUGCAGUGUCACUGCUCCGCAACCUUCCCAUGGUGCAUCCACUGUACAAGCUUCUCAUACCUCACACUCGCUACACUUUGAACAUCAACUUCUUAGCUCGGAUGCUUCUGAUAUCUAAAGGAGGAACUUUUGCUAAGUUUACAUCUUCUGGUGGAGAGGGUGCCCUCACAAUCCUGAGAAGAUCACUGACCUCACUGACCUACAGCUCCCUCUGUAUCCCAGAUGAUAUUGAGGAACGUGGACUGAAAGAUGUGCCAAACUUCUACUACAGGGAUGAUGGACUCCAGCUUUGGGAAAUCAUCAACAGGUUGGUGAAGUCAACACUUGCCUUCUACUACAAGACUGAUGCUGAGGUCCAAGAAGACACAGAACUGCAGAACUGGAUUAAAGAAAUUUUUCAGUAUGGAUUUCUUUCACAGGAAACCACAGGAAUUCCUCAAGAAUUUAGCACUAUGGAUGAGAUGGUCAAGUUUGUCACCAUGGUGAUCUUCACUUGCUCUGCCCAGCAUUCAGCUGUCAACUCUGGACAGUACGAUUUUGGUGGCUGGAUGCCCAACAGUCCUACUACCAUGGAACUUCCCCCACCAAAAGAAAAGGGGACAACAACUGAGAAAACGAUACUGGACGCAUUCCCCAGUGUUAACACAACAGUGCAUGCCAUGUCCACAGUAUGGCUACUCAGCAAGCAGUCCUCUGAUAGUAUUUUUCUUGGCAACUACCCAGAGAAGCAUUUUACUGAGAGGUUUCCUCUCCUGAAGAUAAAAGAAUUUCAAGAAGAGCUCAAAAAGCUGAGUGCAGACAUCAAAGCUAGAAACUCAAGGUUGGACUUGCCGUACACAUACAUGGAUCCAGAGGUGGUUGAAAACAGUGUAUCUAUUUGAAUGAAUAUUGAAAGGCAUCUUCUCCUUCAGCUUCAUAUUAAUUUAAUGGGGUAGGGGGAAGAGUGUGUGUCCAGAUUUAAACUUUUUCCACUGAUUUAACUUUUGUGUACAUCAUAAUCUUAAAACUUCUUAAUAGUGUAUCGGUGAUUAUAACAAACAGGGAAACUGUAAGAAUGAAUGUAAAGGUGUUGCAGUCAGGAGGUUUUUAUGAAGAGGGGGGUUUGUGUAGUCAUGGCCUUUUUUGUCUCAAGAUAUGAAUUAUUUGAUUUAUAUUUGUUCUUAUUUCAGUGUGUAUUGCAUGUCUGUUGUGUAACAGUUACUGAUCACUGAGUUUCUCCUUUCUCAAAUUCUGAUAAUAAAAAAACUUAGCAAACAAAGCUUAAUCCAUAUAAAAUAUUUACAUUCCGUACAGAUUAAUAGAGUUUAUGCAUCUUAGGAAUUGUGUGACAAGUGAUGAUAAAAUACUGUGUAACUGCCGUGUUGUGAUCACAUGUUUAAACAUUAAAGUCAAAGCUUGAAGCACCAUGUUAUCAAUCUGUGUGACUUCAGUUAUGACUGGA